UGCUGCUGCUGAUGAUGAUAAUGAUGCUGCAGCUGAUGUCAUCACCACCUCCCAGCAUCCCAGGCACAGCAGCACCGCCAUUUUCCCUAGUUUCAGACUGACUGACGGACAGACUGACGGCGGGCCAGCCUCCUGUUUAUCUACCCGGCCCUCGCUCCUCCCUCCUCCUGUUUCUCACCGCUGCGUUCAACAACCUGCGCUGCUGCUGCUGCUGAAGCUGAGGCUGACUCCUUCCCCAGCGGAUUCUCCAUGUAUGGAUGCGAAAAGGAAAAGGAUGCUGUAGGCUGACCAAAGUCACAGAGAAAAACGAAAUAUACACAGGCUGCCGAGGAGAUUCAAGAAGGAGGCACCGGAGGAUCCGGGCGCUGUUUUGAAUGGGCAGAGGAUUCACCCUCUGCGGUCGUCGAGUCUGAGUUGCUGAGGUGCCAGGUGUGUGUCACACAGAUCUUCAGCUCUCCUGCUCACUCACACACCAUCCUGCAACAUGGCGACGGCGUCAGUGAAGGUGGCUGUGAGGGUCCGACCCUUCAACUCCAGAGAGAUGGGGAAGGACAGCAAGUGCAUCAUUCAGAUGUCAGGAAACACCACCACCAUCCUGAAUCCCAAACAGCCGAAAGAAAACAAGAGUUUCAACUUUGACUAUUCUUACUGGUCACACACCACGCCUGAGGACAUCAACUAUGCGUCCCAGGUGCAAGUGUACAAGGACAUCGGAGAGGAGAUGCUGCUUCAUGCCUUUGAAGGCUACAACGUGUGCAUAUUUGCAUACGGCCAGACGGGAGCAGGCAAAAGCUACACCAUGAUGGGGCGACAGGAAAAGGACCAGCAAGGAAUCAUACCUCUGCUGUGUGAGGACCUUUUCACCAAGAUCCAUGGAAGCAAUAACGACAACAGCAUGGGUUACUCUGUGGAGGUGAGUUACAUGGAGAUCUACUGUGAGCGUGUGCGUGACCUGCUGAAUCCCAAGAACAAAGGAAACCUGCGUGUCAGAGAGCACCCUCUGAUGGGACCCUACGUUGAAGAUCUGUCCAAACUAGCUGUCACCUCGUACAACGACAUCCAGGACCUGAUGGACUCUGGAAACAAGGCCAGGACUGUGGCAGCUACCAACAUGAACGAAACCAGCAGCCGCUCCCACGCCGUCUUCAACAUCAUCUUCACACAGAAGAAACACGACAUGGACUCGGAGAACACGUCGGAAAAGGUUAGCAAGAUCAGCCUGGUGGACUUGGCUGGCAGCGAAAGAGCCGACUCAACCGGAGCUAAAGGAACCAGACUGAAGGAAGGAGCAAACAUCAACAAAUCUCUGACCACACUGGGGAAAGUUAUUUCUGCUCUGGCUGAACAGGAAUCAAUACCACCAAACAAGAACAAGAAAAAGAAGAAGGUGGAGAGUUUCAUUCCCUACAGAGAUUCAGUUCUGACUUGGCUGCUGAGGGAGAACCUGGGAGGAAACUCUCGUACAGCCAUGGUGGCUGCCCUCAGCCCUGCUGAUAUUAACUAUGAUGAGACCCUCAGUACCCUCCGGUACGCUGACCGUGCCAAACAGAUCCGCUGUAACGCUGUGAUCAACGAGGACCCCAACAACCGUCUGGUGCGUGAGCUGAAAGAGGAGGUGGCCCGCCUCAGAGACCUGCUGUUUUCACAGGGUCUGGGAGACAUCAUAGAGACGUAUCGCAGCACCUGCCCCGACAUCGCUGGUUUGAAAUACCUGUGCGAUUACAAGAACUUUGUGAAUAAUCGCCAGGCUGUCAAUCAAAGGGGUGAUCUCUCCGCAGUGUCCAAUGCCAUGACAGGAAUGAGUCCCUCCCCUUCGCUCUCGGUCAUGUCCAGUCGGGCCGGGUCCAUCAACAACCUCCAUGACCGCAUCUUCAGCCCGGCAAGUGAAGAGGCCAUCGAGAGGCUCAAGGAAACCGAGAAAAUCAUCGCAGAGCUAAACGAGACUUGGGAAGAGAAGCUGCGGCGUACGGAGGCCAUCCGUAUGGAGAGAGAGGCCCUGCUGGCUGAGAUGGGCGUUGCCAUGAGAGAAGAUGGAGGCACUUUGGGCGUCUUCUCCCCAAAAAAGACGCCUCAUCUAGUGAACCUGAACGAAGAUCCGCUGAUGUCAGAGUGUCUGCUCUAUUACAUCAAAGAUGGCAUCACCAAGGUUGGCCGAGAAAAUGCCAAGACUCGCCAAGACAUUGUUCUCAGUGGCCAUUUUAUCAAAGACGAACACUGCACCUUCAGCAGCACCACGGGCCCUCAGGGAGAAGGAUGUGUCAUCCUUGAGCCAUGCGAGGGCUCAGAGACGUACGUCAACGGGAAGAGAGUGAGCUCUCCCACUGUUCUGCGAUCUGGGAACCGCAUCAUCAUGGGGAAGAGCCACGUGUUUCGCUUCAACGACCCGGAGCAGGCUCGUCUGGAGCGAGAGAGGACGCCGUGCGCCGAGACGCCCGUGGAGCCCGUAGACUGGGCCUUCGCUCAGAGAGAACUGCUGGAGAAACAAGGCAUCGACAUGAAGCAGGAGAUGGUGCAGAGGCUUCAGGAGCUUGAAGAUCAAUACCGCAAAGAAAGAGAAGAAGCGAGUAACCUGCUAGAACAGCAGCGGCUGGACUAUGAGAGUAAACUGGAGGCUCUUCAGAAACAAGUGGACUCUCGGUACCUGGAGUCUCCUGAGGAAGAAGAGGAGCCUGAAGAGGAAGUGCCAUGGACGCCUCGUGAGACCGAUUUGGCUCUGUGGGCUUUCAGGAAGUGGCGUUUCUACCAGUUCACCUCUCUCAGGGAUUUGCUUUGGGGCAACGCCAUCUUCCUUAAAGAGGCCAAUGCUAUCAGUGUGGAGCUGAAGAAAAAGGUGCAGUUCCAGUUUGUGCUGUUGACAGACACCCUCUACUCUCCCCUGCCCCCCGACCUGCUGCCCCCCAGUGUGGCCAAAGAGAGGGAGAGACGACCUUUCCCCCGAACCAUCGUCGCCGUUGAAGUACAAGAUCAGAAGAACGGAGCCACACAUUACUGGACUCUGGAGAAACUCAGGCAGAGGCUGGACCUGAUGAGGGAAAUGUACGACCGUGCUGCAGAGCUCCCCAGCAGUGCUGUAGAGGACUGUGAUCACGCUCUGACCGGAGGCGACCCCUUCUACGACCGCUUCCCCUGGUUCCGUCUGGUCGGCAGGGCUUUUGUGUACCUGAGUAACCUGCUGUACCCGGUGCCCCUGGUACAUCGCGUGGCCAUCGUCAGUGAGAAAGGAGAGGUGAAAGGCUUCCUCAGAGUGGCUGUGCAGGCCAUCUCAGCUGAUGAGGAGGCCCCUGAUUAUGGCUCUGGUGUGAGGCAGUCGGGCACUGCCAAGAUCUCCUUUGAAGACAAACAGUUUGAGAAGUUCCAGACUGAGUCGUGUCCUGGUAGUCUCUCCCACUCCAACACCUCCCAGGAGGAGCUGCGAUUCGUGGAGGGAGAAGGACAGACCGCAGAGAUCGGAAUCUCUGCCGAUGAAGUCAACAACAACACCUGUCCAGCCGACAUAGAGGCUCCCCGCAGCCCAGUGAAGAGUUCAGGUCUGGCUCUGGACCUUCCCCUGGACCUCUCCCCGGAGAAAGCUCUGUCCCACCUGAAGAUCGGCAGCACCUUCACCUUCAGAGUCACCGUCUUACAGGCCUCCAGCAUCUCAGCCGAGUACGCCGACAUCUUCUGCCAGUUCAACUUCAUCCACCGCCAUGAUGAAGCUUUCUCCACUGAGCCGCUGAAGAACACAGGCAGGGGACCUCCGCUGGGAUUCUACCAUGUUCAAAAUAUCACAGUGGAGGUGACAAAGUCCUUCGUUGAGUACAUCAAGACUCAGCCAAUUGUCUUCGAGGUGUUUGGUCACUAUCAGAAACAGCCCUUCCCCCCGCUCUGCAAAGACCUGAUCAGUCCCCUGAGACCUUCCAGGAGGCAGUUCCCCAGGGUGAUGCCCUUAUCCAAACCAGUGCCGGCCACAAAGCUCAGCACUCUGACUCGCUCCACCGCAGGACCUUGUCACGCCAAAUACGACCUCAUGGUCUUCUUUGAGAUCUGUGAGCUGGAAGCUAACGGAGACUACAUCCCAGCUGUUGUUGACCACAGAGGUGGGAUGCCCUGCCACGGCACAUUCCUCUUACAUCAGGGCAUCCAGAGGAGGAUCACAGUUACCAUCGCGCAUGAAACAGGAAAUGAUAUUGAGUGGAAAGAGGUGAAGGAGCUGGUUAUUGGUCGUAUUCGAAACACACCAGAGGCCGAUGAGACCAUCAUAGACCCCAACAUCCUUUCCCUCAACAUACUGUCUUCUGGAUACUUCUGGCCAAAACACAGCGACAACGUCUCCUUGGGAGUUGAUCAUAGAACUUUCUACCGAUUUGAGGCAGCAUGGGACAGCUCCAUGCACAACUCUCUGCUUCUGAACAGAGUCACUCCCUAUGGGGAGAAGAUCUACAUCACCCUCUCGGCUUAUCUAGAGAUGGAGAACUGCACUCAGCCAACAGCGAUCACCAAAGAUUUCUGCAUGGUGUUUUAUUCCCGUGACGCAAAGCUGCCGGCCUCUCGCUCCAUCAGAAACCUCUUCAGCACCGGCUGCCUCCGGCCCUCUGAGAGUAACCGUGUCACUGGAGUCUAUGAAGUCACCCUCUGCCACGUGGCGGACAAUGGAAGUCCAGGCAUGCAGCGUCGUCGCAGACGCGUGCUGGACACCUCGGUGGCGUACGUCAGAGGAGAGGAGAACCUGGCUGGGUGGAGGCCUCGCAGCGACAGCCUCAUCCUGGACCACCAGUGGGAGCUGGAGAAACUCAGUUUACUGCAGGAGGUGGAGAAGACCAGGCACUACCUGCUGCUGAGGGAGAAGCUGGAGGCGACUCUGCUGGCAGGACAGGAUGCGCUCUACAAGAGCAGCGACAUCAGCGAUUUUGCAAAGAGCCCCGUCCUCAGCCACAGUCCUGGCAGCAGCCCUGCCCUCGACAGCCCCAACCAGAGGCAGAGGGAGCUGGCUGCCAAGUGUCUGCGUCUGCUGAUGCACACCUUCAACAGGGAGUACAGCCAGGUGAGCAGCAGUGCCAGUGAGAGCAAGCUUUCUGAGAUGUCUGCGUCGCUAAUGAGAGACUCGUCCUCCUCCGGACUGAGCACGCUCACUCCGUCCUCUACCUGCCCCUCACUGGUCGAGGGAAAUUAUGAUAUUAGACACACUGAACCCAGUUCAGGAGCUUCCACACCAGAUCUGGACCCGUACAGCCCAGUGGACAGAAAGAAAGCUCUCAGAGGAUGCACCUUCGUUCCUGACAUACAGGAGAUUCGUGUCAGCCCUAUUGUGUCAAAGAAAGGCUACCUGCACUUCCUGGAACCCCACACCAGCGGCUGGGUGAAGCGCUAUGUGGUGGUGCGCAGGCCCUACGUCUACCUGUAUCGCAGCGAGAGGGACAGCGUGGAGAGAGCUGUCAUCAACCUGUCGUCUGCAAAGGUUGAGUAUAGCGAAGACAAACAGACCUUACUGCGGACUCCCAACACGUUUGCUGUGUGUACUGAGCAUCGUGGGAUACUGCUGCAGGCCACCAAUGACAAAGAGAUGCACGACUGGCUGUACGCUUUUAACCCUCUGUUAGCCGGCACCAUCAGGUCAAAGCUCUCCCGGAGAAAGUCGGUCCAGUCGAUUCCGUCGCCUCCAUCUGCUCCGAGGAUGUGAGAGGUGAACCUUGUGGAAAACAACAGACAAAACAAUCUAAGCUCCAUUCACCAUCCUGCUCUAAUGAACAUAGACCAUAUAAACAAACGUAUACAUAAAAGCGCUUAAAUAACCUUCUAUAUGACGACCGUCCCGGUCCCAAACAUCACUUGAUCGCUCAUCCCUAAACCCAACCCUGUCCUUUUUCUCUUUUUGCAGUCGCCACCUCAAAACCCUGCAUGGUGUGCUCCCUUCUGACCUGUAGAAGACCCCGUUAAUAAACUUGCCUCUGCUGGGCAUUGGGACUAGUUUUGAUUAGCUUUCAUGCCGAAAUCUGUCAUCUGUGAGGCUACCAGAUCCCUGUAGAGAGUUAGUAUGUGGUCAGUCCCUCCUUCACAAAUAAUAACUGAAAAUAAGUCCCAGUUUUAAAUCAACCAUUCAUGUACUUUUAAUUAAUGCGAUUGGGUGAGUGGGAAAUUGCAAACAUAAAAGUGGAUUGUUUUUGUAGAAGUGUGUUAAGUGCAGGGAUGAUCACUCAUUCAUGCAUCCAUCAUACACUGUACAUUACCUCAGUUUGGAUCGGCUUGGUGCUCUACAGCAGAGUAUUUGUGUCACUGCAGAGGUUUCAGAUAGCAAACAGAUUAGUCAUUUUAACAUUGAAGUAGCAUGAUUUAUAGGACAAAAGGGUACGUUGUUGUUCCUGUGUCGUUUUUUUUCAAACUGAUUCGAUGAAAACUGAGUUUGUUGGCUAGAUUAAGGCAAAAUAAUCCAUUAUCAGGAGAGAUAACUCAUGUCCUUGCCUUGUUCUCGUUAUGUGCUUCUUUUUUAAAUUAAUAAUCCCAUGUGCGUGGAAUCAUAAAGGAUAAUGUUAUUUAUUGUUGCUAUUGUAGGUUUUCUGCACUGUUAUUUAUUUGUGACAGGACCACUGACCAGUUUUGUUGCAUGGCACUUUAUUGUCUCCAUUGAGUUAAUGUAUUGUACCAUUUACUCAUUUGUUUUAACCAAAGCAUUAUUUCUUGUUUUACUUGUUUCAAACCAUUGUUCACUGUGCUGCUGUGUUAGCAGACAUUUAGGAUGAUGAAGAAAUAGUUUGACGUUUUGGGAAAUACACUUAUUUGCUUUCUUGCCGAGAGUUAGAUGAGAAGAUUGAUACCACUCUGUACAGUCAGUAAAUAAGAAGCUACAGCCAGUAGCCGGUUAGCUUAGCUUAGCAUAAGGAAUGGAAGCAGGGAUAGACAGCUAGCCUGUACAAAAGUAACAAAAUCUGCCCACCAGCACGUCUAAAAUUCACUAAUAACAUGUUAUAUCUUUAAUCGGUACACAAACUGAAGUGUAAAAAUGACAUGUUGAGAUUUUACGAUGUACCUGGCUAUUUCUUGGCCACUUCCAGCACAAAUGAAGAUACAAAUGAGAUAUAAUGUGUACAUUUGUGAGCUUUAAAGGUGUUGGUAGCUGGAUCUUUUUUUUUUGCCUUCAAAUAGAGCCAGGAUAACUGUUGCCCCUGUUUCCAGUCUUUAUGCUACGCUAAGCUAAUUAUCUUCUCGGUACAAACCCGACUGUACCAUCCUCAUGAGGAUGCAGUCCCCAUACUGAGGUGUAGUACUGAGUUUCCCUCCAUCAGGGAACAUGAUUAUAUGCAUAAUGUCUCUAAGUGUUACUUUUGGAAAAAAGCGAAAUAAGCAUAUUACCCAACUAUUUCUUUAAACUAAUCAAUUAUACCUAAGUUAACCUAAGAUGUUUUACUUGAUAAAUACACCGGGAGGACAACUGUUCUGUAUGUGGGUAUAAAUUAAAUCAAAUAAGCACUUAUUCUAUCUGCUACAGUAAAUAAGUUUCCUAUUUAAGUCUCCUUUAGUAGCUAAAUGGAAAGUUGUAAUUGACCAUGGACCUGGAAUCUGUUGAAGGCAGUUGCUUUGAGCGGGCAAGAGCGUUGUCCAAGCACCAGAUAGUGCCUCCCUUUCUUCACCUCUCUUUCUUCUCUCCCUUCUUCAUCGUUGUCUUUGACAUCAACACUGAAGUCAGUUACAUGUGUCCAAGAUUAACCUUUUAUGUAGAGUAAAAGUAGAUGCUGUGAAUCUUUUUUUUUCUUCUUCAUAUUGAUGACCUAUGUCAAUGUUUUGGAGAGUGAAUUUUAUUAUUGAUGCUAUACAGUAGCUGCAACAGUAUACAGCGUAUAGCUCAUUUUCAUUGGCUGUAAAUGUUGCAUUUAAAAGCAAUCCCCCUCUUACCUUUUGUACUGUAGCUGCUAGAUAUUUGACAGCUUGAUGCUCAUGUCAGAAACCAGUCCAGUAUGAUUAGCUCGGUGUUGUUAUGACUUGUAUGUCCAGGGAUGGUUUCUAGUCGCUUUCUACCAUUUCUACCAUUUCUAUCAUUAUACCAAGAUGACCCCAAAUUUUGGUUUGAGAUCAAUAUUAUCAGUGGAAGGGAAAAGGUAGAAAAGAAUGUUUAAGGUGGACAUUUAUUUUUACUUGUAUUGUGUUAAUUGCAUUUAAAGGGAUAUUAUCCACAUCUGUUUUCACCUUCUUCUUUUGUAAAUCUCUAUCAAAGACGUGGUCAGCAAACCAUUUUGUCUUUCCCAUUUUCCUCUUAUUUCCCAUCUGACUGGUUAUGAUCAGCUUUUUGUUAAACCUGAUUUAUAAUCAGAUAACUGAAAUUAUUCAGAACUCUGUAAGCCACAGGCCAACCAACCUGUUGAGCAAUGCAGCCUUAUACUUAAAAAAUUUGACUAAUAAAAGGUUAUAUUUCACAUGUAACUUAAGAUCAGUUGCUACUUGUGGCUUCUUUGAUUUUGAAAAUGAUAUUCUGUCUGUUAGCAAAGAAUUAAAUGGGAUUACAUCAUUUAUUUUUGGGUCAUUUUGUUAUAAUAAACUUGGUUUGUUUUGUAAAAUGCCCAUAGAUAUAUGUAUAUAUUAUAUACACUGUAUGUUGUCUGUUGGAACAGAAGACAAAUGGAACGUUUUAUUUAUAACAUUUAGAAGGAUGGAUUAUGUUCUUAUAGUAUAUUGCACUCAUGCACAAGGCAUCUUUAUUUAAUAUGAUUUUGUAUGAUGAUGUUUUAAGAAUGUAUGGAAAAUACUGGUUUGUGUUACGACCCUGUCCUGACCGGAGAAGAUUAGAUCCUGAAACUGUGCCAUGUUUGCUUCAGCAAUUAAACCACAACAACACUGCACUAAAUUGCAUUGAUUUUUAUUUUGUUUGUGUAUAACUGGCAGAUGACUUGCAAUGCUUCCAACCCUAAUAGUUCAGUGGCCAAUGUUGAAAGGUAAAUGAGUUGAUUAUUUUAUAUUUGGCUGCUUUUUAACUGUCAUAGCUCUGGAUCAAAGCAUGCAGGUCCACUUAUAUUCUGCUGAACUCUGUCCCUCUCUCCUGCCUUACUGCUUGCUAAUGAAAACAGCUUUCCCCCCCUGAAGUGCUGCUUGUAAAGUAUUGUCAUUCAUGAUCCUUGUAAUGACUAACUGGAAACCUUCCUCUUGGCUCUGUCUUGUAUAUAAAUGGAGAUUUUCUGUGUUGGGUCUCAUCACACAGAUGAUAUUAACUCUCUCUUCCUCUGUAUACCAUGAUGAAUAGGAAUAACUGCCCUGCUGCUUCGUCAAGUCUCACCCCAGAGCAAAGAGUGCAGAUCAGGGAACAGUUUUGCACAUUUCAGCUCAGUGUGUGUGAGGUGGCCAUCAUGGACCGAGGAGAUGAACCCAGGUCUGCCACUCUUGCUCUGAGCUGCUUGACAGAAGCAGAAACAGGUCUCAGCCUGUGAUGAAGUCCAAAUCGCAGUGCUCACGUUUAUCUUUUGAGUGUUCUGGAGUUCUUUCUCUCUCUGUCUGUGGACACGUAACAAACGUCAAGAAAAAAAAUAUGGCAAAUAAAUGAGUGUUAAACUUAUGCAA